CUGCAUCGUCAGCCUGCAGCUGGCCUGCAUGGCCAGCCAAGUUAAUGAUUACCUUGUCGGGGCUGGUUCCACUGGGCCCCAGCAGUUCACCUGCACAAUCUCCAGAAAGCAGCAUGUUCUCUUUGCUCCUUGGAGCCAUACUGGUGGUUCUGAACCCAGUGCCAUUUGCUAGGAGCCAGAAGACAGAACCCCUGAGUGGCUCUGUGGACCAGCCACUCUCCCAUGAAGCAGAUCGGUAUGACUUCGCCAUCAUGAUCCCUCCAGGAGGCACAGAAUGCUUUUGGCAAUUCGCCCAUCAGGCUGGAUACUUCUAUUUCAGUUAUGAGGUACAGCGAACACUGGGAAUGUCACACGACCGGCAUGUUACUGCCACCGCACAUACGCCAAAGGGUUUCCUCAUAGAUACUUCUCAGAAUGUUCGAGGCCAGAUUAACUUUUCUACCCAAGAGACAGGUUUUCAUCAGCUUUGUUUAAGCAACCAGCAAAAUCAUUUUGGUUCUGUGCAAGUGUAUCUCAACUUUGGAGUUUUCUAUGAGGACAUCGGGGUGGACCACAAACAGAAUGAAAGGAAACAGCUGAACAAUACUCUGGAUGCAAUUGAGGAGAGUACACGAAAGGUGCAAAUGAAUAUUUUCCAUAUGUGGAGAUACUACAAUUUUGCCCGAAUGAGGAAAAUGGCUGAUUUCUUCCUUCUUCAAUCAAACUAUAACUACGUGAACUGGUGGUCUACAGCCCAGAGCCUUGUCAUUGUUCUUUCUGGGAUCCUGCAACUGUAUUUCUUGAAACGUCUCUUCAAUGUCCCAACAACUACAGACACAGCAAAGCCGAGAUGCUAAGGCAACUACAGCAUCCUAACCCUUUUCUGCUUAGGGCAAAAAACCUUUGUUAAAAUUUUGGUCACAUCAACUUUGUAAAGUUCAAUGGAAAAUAGAAGUUUCUCUUGUAAGUUUAAGUUCAUUGUCCUAGUUCUAAUCCAUCUAGAAAGAUGAAACGGCAAUAAAUAGAAAUAUGCAAGUGUUGGUGCUGUUUUUGUCAAGCUGGGGAUAGAACAAGGUCCUCAUAUGUGUAAAGCAUGUGCUCUAC